GCCCAAAAUAACCAUGGGCUCACCUGAGCAGGGGGGGGCGGGGGGCCAGGGCCGCCCGCCUGCCCUCGUCCCACUGCUCCAUAUUAAUGAGCCCCCUCCUCCUCCGGUGUCCAGCUGUGCAGUCGGGGCUGCUGCCAUACCUGAGCGCAGCAAGACGAGGCCACCGCCACUUGGUGCCGGCCGCCCUCGCCAUGGCCGGCUGCUCCCCCGUUUUCCAGCUCUGGCUCUUGCUCCAAGCCGCCUGCCUCUGCCUGGCCCAGAUUCGAGGGCCGCCGGGAGAGCCCGGCCCACGAGGGCCCCCCGGUCCCCCAGGAGUGCCGGGAGUGGAUGGCAUUGACGGUGACAAAGGCUCAGCCGGAGCCCCCGGGUCCCCGGGUGCCAAGGGGGAGCCUGGAGCCCCCGGUCCCGACGGGCCCCCAGGGAAGCCAGGCAUCGACGGCUUGACGGGAGCAAAAGGGGAGCCAGGGCCCAUCGGCGGGCCAGGAAUUAAAGGCCAGCCCGGACUCCCAGGGCCGCCGGGGCUCCCUGGCCCUUCGCUGCCAGGACCACCAGGGCUUCCAGGCCAGGUUGGGCUUCCCGGAGAGAUCGGAGCACUGGGACCCAAGGGUGACCCUGGACCCGAUGGCCCGCGGGGUCCCCCAGGACCUCCAGGGAAACCCGGCCCCCCAGGACACAUCCAAGGAGUGGAAGGCAGCGCUGAUUUCUUGUGCCCGACCAGCUGCCCGCCAGGUCCCAAGGGGCCCCAGGGACUGCAAGGACUGAAGGGACACAGAGGCCGCCCCGGUGCCCUCGGGGAGCCCGGCAGGCAGGGCAGGCAGGGCCCUAAGGGUGACGUCGGCGCCUCCGGAGAACAAGGUGUCCCGGGCCCCCCGGGACCGCAGGGCCUGAGGGGUUACCCUGGGAUGGCGGGACCCAAGGGCGAGACGGGUCCUGCUGGUUACAAGGGGAUGGUCGGGACCAUCGGAGCAGCCGGGCGGCCGGGCAGAGAAGGCCCCAAGGGACCACCUGGGGACCCUGGUGAGAAGGGAGAUCUGGGUGGCCGUGGCAUCAGGGGCCCCCAAGGAGACAUUGGCCCCAAGGGGGAGACCGGUCUCCCAGGCAUCGAUGGCAAAGACGGCACCCCAGGUAUCCCAGGCGUGAAGGGCAGUGUAGGACAGGCCGGCCGCCCAGGAACACCGGGACACCGGGGACAAGCUGGCUUGCCGGGCCAGCCAGGCAGCAAAGGUGGCCCAGGAGACAAGGGUGAAGUGGGUGCUCGGGGCCAGCCUGGUGUCACCGGUGCCCCGGGGCAGAUCGGUGAGCCCGGACCUCGGGGUGAGCAGGGACCGCAGGGUGUCCCUGGGAUGAAGGGUGACCGGGGUGAGCGUGGCCUCGUGGGUCCCCCCGGCGAGCAGGGGAAACCGGGGCCCAAGGGUGAGCAGGGUCCACCAGGAAUCCCAGGACCCCAAGGCUUGCCAGGAGUCAAAGGAGACAAGGGCUCCCCAGGGAAAACCGGCCCCAAAGGCAGUACUGGAGACCCGGGCGUUCACGGCCUCGCAGGGCUGAAGGGAGAGAAGGGUGAAUCGGGCGAGCCAGGGCCAAAGGGACAGCAAGGCAUCCAGGGUGAGCUCGGCUUCCCCGGCCCCUCGGGGGACGCAGGUGCACCCGGCGUACGAGGCUACCCAGGACCUCCUGGCCCACGAGGACUCGUCGGGGACCGUGGGGUCCCAGGGAUGCCCGGCCCGCGGGGUGCAGCGGGCCGGGAUGCUGGGGACCAGCACAUUGUCGACGUGGUCCUGAAGAUGCUGCAAGAGCAGCUGGCGGAGGUGGCAGUCAGUGCCAAGAGAGCAGCCCUGGGUGGAGUCGGUGCCAUGGGACCCCCCGGACCCCCCGGUCCCCCAGGGCCACCCGGUGAGCAGGGCCCACACGGACCCAUGGGACCUCGAGGCGUCCCCGGCAUCCUGGGUGCUGCCGGGCAGAUCGGCAACGUAGGACCUAAAGGGAAGCGAGGCGAGAAGGGUGAGCGGGGAGAACCUGGCCGUGGCCAUCCGGGCAUGCCAGGCCCUCCGGGGAUCCCAGGUCUCCCCGGCAUCCCCGGCCACGCGCUCGAUGGCAAGGCUGGGGAGCGGGGCCUGCCGGGCUCCCCGGGAGAGGCUGGCCGGCCGGGCUUGCCCGGUCCCGCUGGCCUGCCGGGGUUUUGCGAGCCGGCUGCCUGCCUGGGAGCCUCGGCGUACGCCACUGCACGCCUGGCGGAGCCGGGGGCCGUCAAGGGACCCGUCUACUGAGGAGGAGGCACCAGCACCACGACAGAUCCGGGUGGCAAAGACGCACCGGGGCUGGCAGCAAAGAGACCAGAAAACUGCAAAUCCGUAGGGAGCGACCCCUGCCCAUCCCGGCUGUGGGAGGGCGCUGGGCUCGGGGCAGCCGCCGCAGGGGCAAUGAAGCCUCGGGGAUUUAAUUUGCUGUAGGUAUCACCCCCCUCCUACAGCCCGGGGGACGGUGGAGAAUAAAGAGAGGCCAGCCUGAGUCCUAUCCUCGUUACUGGGGUUCCUUACCUGGCCCCCCUGCGCAUCCUCUGCUCCCUGUGCCCCUUCUCAAAGAAAUAAAUUGUCUUUUAUACAAACCCUCUUACUCUGUUAUGUCCUGUUUGGUGUUCAAUUGGCUCGUUGCAGGUUUCCUUUUUGUCUUUUUUUUUAAAAAAAAAACACAAAAAUUGUGGUUUGAUUAUUUAAGAGACUUGCCAGAUCCAGCCUUUUUCACUGCUGGGCACUCACAGAGCUGUAAAUCUUUGUAAAAUAGCACUAUUUUAUAACUAUGAGUAGAAAACCACCAACUUUUUUAAAAAAUGGACAAUAAAAAUGAGAUGGA